CUGCUAGUGACCUUGGUUGGACAGAGAAUUUGUGCAUUUUUGGAGUUAUGAAGUGCUCGUGUAGUGAUGAUGUGUGCGGGGAGCAUGAUGGACAGGAAAUAAAUACAGAGUAUCUGGAAAAAUUCACGAAAAUGGUAAGGUUAUGAGAAUCUAAAUAUACACAAUUCACAGGUUCAAAAUGCGUCAGUAUUGGCAAACAGGUUGUCAUCAAACGAACUUCUGUCAGCACUUCAGAUUUCAUUUCAUUUAAUGGAAAAAAUCAGUUAUGUAAUACUUAGUAUGUGCAAACCAUCUAAAGGGGAAACUGAUGAGUUAAAAAGCUUUCAAACGCUCUGUAGGUAUCCAUCUUAUCCACGUUCCAUGAUAAAAAACGAUUCCUCAAUGAGCUUUUGUUCUAUGAAAACUCAAUCUUUAAAUGGGGUGAGUUAAGUCGUUUAUAUAGGUUCUUACAGUUUUCGAACGUAAAUUUGAAAUCGACCGUGGUUUUACUUUACAAAUGGGAAAUAAUCUUUCGGAUUUUUGGUGUUUUCACUUAACUAACCUACAGAUCUGUACGCAAAUUUUAUCUUUGUAUCUCACACAGCUAUUGUAUUGUUUAUCUGAAGCCUAAGAUUUUAUAGCAACUCAUUUUCUGUUUAAUUAAGGAGAGGUUAAUAAUUUCGCCUGGAAGUUUUAAAGCCGAAAUACCUAGUUACUUUUGAACUCUGGUUACCUUUUAUUGAUAGGUCUUACAGGAUUUUGAAAAUGGUGAUUGUAAAGUAGUCGAUCAACAAGAAUCACAACUUAAAGUGCUCAUUGAAGAAGAAGAGGAAGAAGAAAGCGAUGAAAAUCUAUGUGAUUCUGGCAUUGCUUCAAAUCGUGAUGGAAAUUUCAUUACUGAAUCUACUAUUUCUAAUUCUUCUUGUCAAAAAUUUAGUCCAGUAAAUGAAAAUCAUAGUCCAAAUAACUAUUCAAAUAAAUGCCUUUCUUCUCCAAUCACAAAUGAAUCUAGUGUAAUUGAUAUAGAUGAAAAUUAUUCUAUGAUUGCUGAUAAAUGUGCUAAUCUAGAAGAAGUAGUAAUAGUACCUGGAACAACAACAACAUCUGAAAUGUUCGAUAAUGACAUUAAACAAAUUAAUAUGACAGGAAAUAUUUCUAAAAUUCAGUUAAAAAAUCGAGUUUCAACAAUUCGAAAAACUAUUUCAACAAACAUUGAUAAACAAUUUGAAAAUGGAUCUAUAUCUUCAGAUAUUUUAGAUCAGCAAAAUAAUAAUUCUGCAGAACUAUAUGAAAGUCAAACAACAAUACUGACAAAUAAAUCCCAAGUUGAUGCAAAAAGAUGGCGUUUAACUAGUGCUGAUAAAUUAAAUACUCUAAUUGAUGAAUGUGAACGUCAAAUUAAUGGUAGAAAACUAUAUGUUUGCAAAUUUUGUGGAAAAAUCUAUGAGAUUAAAAGUAGUAUGCGUUAUCACAUGAAAAUUAUUCAUUUACAGAUGCAUUUGCGCACUACAGAAAUGCAAUGUCGUAUAUGCGGUAAACAAUUCACAUGUGUUAGUGCUGUUAAUCGUCAUCAAUCCAAGUGUAUUUUAUCAACAAUUAAUGAUUCGAGACUAAAAAAUAAUACUGUACCAUCUAAUCAGUCAUUAUUUACUAGUCCAAUAAUAACCACUGGAACAACAAUAUCGUCUUCUACAGACAGUGAUAUGCAUCCUCGUUUAUCUGAAAAUUCGUUUACUUCACAAAUAUCGGAUAGUUGUAAUAAUAAUGAUUUGAAUCAUAACACAUCACUUACUGAUUCAAAUCUAAUGGUGGAGUCAUUGAAUUCAGCUUCAAAACAUUUUACUAAUCUUGUUAAUUUUCCAAGUGUAUUUCGUAUACCAGAUACGUGCUGUACAACGACACAAUUUAUGAAUCAGUCAAUAUCUAAAAUCUAUCAAAGUUCACAAAUAACAAGUUUAAAUUUACGAAAUUUUAUUCCAUCAUCUGACUUAGUUAAUUUACCAAAUAAAUCUAAUUCUAAUAGUUUACCUUUCCAACCAUUUAAUAAUAGUAAUGAUACACGAUCAUUUUUAAAUCCAAUAAAUAAUCAUUGUAUGAAUUGUUCUGAUUCUUCAUCACGAUGGAACUCAUCAACUUGGUCUACGAUGUCUAAUUUAGGAUGUAAUUUUACUGAAUUAACUCCUGCACAAAUUGAUAUUUGUAUGAAAGCAGUUGUCCAAGGUAUUUGUUCAACUGUAGGACAAUGUACCACUAGUACUACUACUAAUAAUAAUGGCAAUAGUAGUAAUAAUAAUGUCAGUAGUUAUAGAACUAAUCAAGAAUACAAUGAAUCUAAUCAUGUACCAACUGAUUCAUGUCAAAUAACGGAUGAAACACAAUGGGAUUUACCAGAUAAAAAUUUAUCAGAUUUUUCUGAAACAACAGAAAGAACUUUAACUUCAUCACAAGCCAAUGAAAUGGUAGCUAUAGAUUUAUCUUCACGUCCUCGGUCGGCUACAUUAAUGAUUGAAUCAUUUUAAGUAAAUAGACUAGGCUAGACUAUAAAGAAAAUAAGCUGACUUCCAUGAUCAGAUUUAUUGUGUUGCUUAUCUAUAAAAUGCACAUAAUCAUAACAGACAAUCUGUUAAUUUCUUCAAAAUUAACAUUGACAUAGGUUCAAAUAAUUACGAUGAUAUUAUUGAUAAUUAAAAAGUAAAAAGCAUUUAUUAUUUACUCUGUGAAAUAAUAUCUUACCAAGUGACCUCUUGAUUAUAUAUACAUACGUACAUGCACAACAUCCAUUUCGUAUUUUAUCUUAUCAAGUGCCUUAAUCUUUCUUCCACUCGUUCUCUUUACGUUUCUAUCCACAUAAUUAAGUGCCUUUAGCUUGAAAUUUAUACUAUAACCUUUUUCACAGAGAUACCUGCAAACUUUCUUUUACAAUAAUUGUUGUAAUCAUUCAAAAUAUGUUUUUAUUUCCUACCAAUAAACAAGUAUAUCUGUCUAUUUAUUAUUAUUACUGAUAUUUUGUUCUAUUCAUUUCAUUUACUCCUUUACUAGUUUAUCAUUCCCCGUGUCGACAUUGUCAUUACGUUUGUUCUCGUCUACCUUUAAAUUGUUUUUCUUCCUAAUCCAAAUAACUAUUGAUCAUUGAACGACAACAGUACUGGUAUCUAAUCGUUCCGCUCCAUUUUGUUUGCUUUCCAAGUUUACAUUAUCUGUCUAUAUAUAUGCAUUCUUUGCUUGAUAUAUA